AUGGCUGUAGCUGCUUAUGCAUCGUUGGUUUCUCUUACUCAUGUCCUCGACAACAUUCAUUACCGUGCUCAGCUUCGUCGCCUUCAUGUGGACAUAACACGGAUUGAAUUUCUCCAGGAGAGCAUCAAUUUCUUGGUGGAGUUCCUUGAAUUGAACCAUGGAAGAAAAGGCCAGGAGAUUGAAGAUCUUUGGAGACAAAUAUCUGAAGCUAGUUUUGAGCUCGAAGAAACUUUUGACUUACAUGUUGUGAGCCAACUUCAGAAGGAAUCUCCGGGAGAAAAUAGUGAUAUGGGUGGGAGAGCAUUUGACGAAGAUUUGGACACUAUGAUCCAAAAGUUUGACUAUAUCAAGCGAGAGCUGUCGAUGGUUGAAGAGGCAGUGGAGGAGUUCAUGGUUGAAAAGCAAACCAGAGCUUCUGUUCCAGCAGUUGGUUCUUCAACUGCUGCAUCCUCCAUUGCAAAGAAUACUAUUGUGGGACUUGGCGAACACGUUGCCAACAUUAAGGGUGAGCUAGCAAGAUAUGAUGGCAAUCUUCAAAUCAUACCAAUUGUCGGUAUGGGCGGUAUUGGCAAAACUACUCUUGCUAAAAAGGUUUAUGAGGAUAAAUAUGUUGUCGAACGCUUUGUUGUGCGCAUUUGGCUUACAAUUUCUCAGGAGUAUAGUGUCAAUGAAAUCCUCCUUGGUCUUAUCAAUGAGGGAAAAGUUGAAAGACAUGGUGGAAAUUCAGAUGUACCUGGAGAAGUAUUGCGCAAAAAGUUGUAUGGUAGAAGAUACUUGAUUGUUAUGGAUGACAUAUGGACUCUUCAAGCUUGGGAUGAUUUAAGGAGGUUCUUUCCGAAUAAUAGGAAUGGAAGUCGGAUUAUUUUGACCACUAGGCUAUCACACGUGGCUGGUUCUUUAAGUUCUCACGACCCUUAUUCAAUGACAUUAAUGGACAUGAAUACAAGCUGGAGUUUAUUUUGUCAAACUGUAUUUGGAGAAGAAAAUUGUUCACAUCGAGAAUUGGAGCAAAUCGGAAGGCGGAUUGUCAGAAAUUGCAGAGGACUUCCUUUACAAAUUACUGUUAUAGGAGGACUACUUGCAAAGUCGGGCAUGAAGAAAGAAUAUUGGGAAUCAGUCGCUAAAAAUGUAAGUUCCUUUGGCAAUGCAAGUGAUGGCGAACAUUGUUUCAAUAUAUUACUUUUGAGUUAUAAUAAUCUGCCUAUAUAUCUCAAGCCAUGUUUCCUCUACAUGAGAGCUUUCCCUGAAGAUGCUGAAAUUGAAGUCUCAAAUCUAAUCAGAUUAUGGGUUGAUGAAGGUUACAUAACAAUAAAAGAAGAUAAAAUUUUGGAAGAACAAGGUGAGGAAUAUUUGAAAGAUCUUGUUGAUAGAAAUCUACUUUUUGUGCGUGAACAAAACGAAGUGACGGGGGAAUUAGAAACAUGCGGCAUCCAUGAUCUUUUGCGAGACCUAUGCAUUAGUGUAUCCACAAAAGUGAAUUUUUUUUGUUCUCCAAGAAUACAAAACAUCAGUCUAAAAUCUGAUAGAAGAUUGUGUUUCCUAUGUGGAGGUUUAGUCAAAGAAGAAGAUGAAUGGGGAAAUCUCUUUGCACUUAAUGUUAUUCCGCCAUCAGCUUCGAGUAGCAAUCCUCCUGUUUGUGGUAAGUGUGAAGUGACUUAUUCACAUAUAAAAACACUAAGAUUUGUGAAGGUCAUCGAUGAAGUUGGUGUAGCUCAUGAUUCACUUAUGCAACACACUAGAUUACGCUAUGUCUCUGUCACAUUGAAUAAGACCCUAAUGUUUAUAACUCCUUCGAUGCUACAUUUGCUAUGGAACCUUCAGAGUCUAUUUUUCCAAGAUUCACCUUUGGUAGUUUUACCAUCUGAAAUCUGGGAGCUGCCGCAACUUAGAACUAUUGACUUCAAGGAUGUGGUGUUUCCGAAGCCUCCAAAUUCUCAUGUCGGAGAGAAAGAUGCUUUUACUCUGAAGAAUCUUCAAAGCCUAGGCAGUGCAAGGAACUUUGAGCUCACUGAUGAGAUUCUUGAUGGAAUUCCUAAUUUGAAGGAACUAGUAAUAAAGUAUGAUAAGCGUCUGAGAGGGUUGGAUACUUCUUUGUGUUAUCUUGCCAGAUUGCCGAAACUUGAAACACUAAUUGUCCAAAAUACAUUGCAGAACAUUGGCUUUCCAAAUUCGCUCAAACUGUUGGUUCUGAAGAGAUGCAGAAUUCCUUGGAGUGGUAUGUCCAUAGUUGGUUCAUUACCAAAUCUUGAAAAACUUAUUUUGAUGUAUACUGCUGAAGGCUCUGAGUGGAAUCCAACUGAAGGGGAAUUUCUUCGAUUAAAAGCUUUGAUGAUUCAUGGUAGUGAUGUAGUACAAUGGGGAGCUGAUCAAAACCACUAUCCUGUGCUUAAGAUUCUUUCACUGUCUAACUUACCUUCAUUGGAAGAAAUCCCUUUAGGUGUUGGAGAUAUACCAACACUGCGCGAAAUUAAUCUGAGCAAUUGUAGCAAGUCUGCUGCGGAUUCGGCAUACCUAAUAUUAGAGGAACAACUGAGCAUGGGAAAUGAUAAUCUCAAGAUUGAAGUUUAUGAAUAUUCUGAAGAUGAAGAUGACGAGUCAGAAAGCGAAGAUGAAGAUGAAGGCGAAGACACAGUAAAAGAUCAAGAUCAAGAUGACGAUUCGGAAGGCGAAGACAAAGAAAAAGAUGAAGAUCAAGAUGAAGAUGAUGAGUCUACCUGAUGGCCUAAGGACAGAAGAAGAAGAAGAUGAUGAAAGGUAUGUAUUGAAGGAAGAGUUCUAAAUUGAUUCAGUAAUAUCCAGUAAAAUUUUUUAGUGGUUUUAGUAAAGAGGAGAAUGUUGCUUCUUGCUUGGUAUCAUUUGCAAUGUAAUAAUAGUGAUCAAUAAGAGAAAAUUGCAAAAAAUAUUCUCCAUGUAUACCCGAUUAUCAUUCUUCUCAUUUAUUUAUCUAGCUGGCAAAAUAUAUUAUAUACGUUUGCAAAAAUCGCCAUUUAUGUACUUUUUUCCAUGCAUCAUGUUAACACGACAACUGUUCUAGGCGCGGCCAAAGGAAAGAAAUGAUGCAUUUUGCAAAUAUGUAGAAUAUAUUUUGACAGAAAGAUAAAUAAAUCACAAAAGUAUUAAUUAGGUAUACGUGAA